AUGUACGGCAACGGCAGUGGAACAGGCCCUCAGACGGGCGCCGCGACGCCCCGGUCGUCGGCCUCGCUGCGUCCCCUAACUCUGUCCCACGGCUCUCUUGAGACGUCCUUCUUAAUACCUACCGGCCUCCACUUCCACGCCUCGCGGUUGAAGGAGAGGUUUGUCGCGACACUGCCAACCCCCACCGACGAACUUGCACAAGAUGAUGAACCGUCGUCGGUUCCCGAGCUUGUGGCUAGGUACAUGGGCUAUGUCGCCCAUGAGGUCGCGGAGGGUGAGGAUGAGGAUGCAUCAGGGUCAGGCGAAGAGGUGCUCAAACUUGUCCUCAACGAGUUUGAGAGGGCUUUCCUUGGGGCCAAUGACGUCCAUGCUCUGGCGGCAACGCUGCCGGGCAUCGAUGCCAAGAAGCUGGUGGUGAUCCGCAGCUAUUUUGCUGCCCGGUCAGCGUCGAACAGGGCCAUGAAGGCACAUGAGUCGGCCUUGUUUCGGGCGGCUGGCGACGAGGACGAGCCUGCCAAGCUCUACAACAUCUUCGGUGGUCAGGGCAACAUCGAAGAAUACUUCGAGGAGCUCCGCGAGCUGUACGAAACCUACCCGUCUUUUGUCGGGGAGCUCAUUACCUCGUCCGCAGAGCUGCUCCAAACCCUUUCCAGCCAUCCAAGUGCAGAAAAGCUUUACUCCAAGGGUCUCGAUGUCAUGAACUGGCUGCACCAUCCCGAUGCCACGCCAAAUGUUGACUACUUAGUGUCGGCGCCCGUCAGCUUCCCCCUCAUCGGUCUCGUGCAGCUGGCACACUACACGGUUACUUGCAAGGUGCUGGGCCUUCAUCCGGGAAUCUUGCGUGAGAGGAUCAGCGGGACGACUGGCCACUCGCAAGGCAUUGUCCUUGCUGCAGCCACGGCAGCUGCAGACUCGUGGGAGUCGUUCGAAGAGAUCGCCAAGUCUGCCUUGACCAUCCUUUUCUGGAUUGGGGCGCGCAGCCAGCAGACUUUCCCGAUCACGUCGAUGAGCCCGUCCAUGCUCCAGGAUUCCAUCGACAAUGGAGAGGGCACGCCAACACCAAUGCUGAGCAUCCGCGAUCUUCCCCAGGCUGAGGUCCAGAAGCACAUCGACCAAACAAAUCAGUACCUCCCUGAAGACCAGCAUAUCUCCAUCUCGCUCAUCAACAGCCCCCGGAAUCUGGUCGUUGCCGGCCCGCCUACAUCACUGUGCGGUCUCAAUGCGCAGCUGAGGAAGGUCAAAGCUCCCACUGGUCUUGAUCAGACCAGAAUCCCCUUCACCGAGAGGAAGAUUCGGUUUGUCAACCGGUUUUUACCGAUCACCGCACCCUUCCACAGCAAGUACCUUGCAAAGGCGACCUCCCUGAUUGCCGAGGACCUCAAGGACGUCCAGAUCGAUGUUGGGCGCCUGGGGAUUCCCGUCUACGACACUAACACUGGCGAGGACGUCCGCGAGAGGGUGACCGGGAACGUGGUCCCUGCCUUGGUCCGCAUGAUUACAGAGAACCCGGUCCACUGGGAGAAGGCCACUGUUUUCCCCGGGGCCACACACAUUUUGGACUUUGGCCCCGGAGGCAUCUCUGGUCUCGGCGUCUUGACGAGCAGAAACAAGGAUGGUACCGGUGUCCGGGUCAUUCUGGCCGGAACCGUCAACGGCACCGUGACUGAAGUCGGUUAUAAGUCGGAGCUCUUUGACCGUGAUGAAGACAACGCUGUCAAAUAUGCCAUUGACUGGGUGAAGGAAUAUGGUCCGAAACUCGUCAAGACCUCCAGCGGUCGUACUUACGUCGACACCAAGAUGAGCAGACUACUUGGUCUGCCGCCACUGCUGGUCGCUGGUAUGACUCCUUGCACAGUGCCCUGGGACUUUGUGGCAGCGACCAUGAACGCUGGUUAUCAGAUCGAGCUUGCUGGCGGCGGCUACUACAAUGCCCGGACCAUGACCGAGGCCAUCUCCAAGAUCGAGAAGGCGAUUCCUCCUGGCCGCGGCAUCACCGUGAACUUGAUUUACGUCAAUCCCCGUGCUAUGGCUUGGCAAAUCCCGCUGCUCGGGAGGCUCAGGUCGGAGGGCGUGCCGAUCGAGGGGCUGACCAUUGGCGCCGGCGUGCCGUCGAUUGAGGUUGCUCAGGAGUAUAUCGAGACCCUGGGUCUGAAGCACAUCUCCUUCAAACCUGGCUCUGGUGAGGCCAUCCAGGCGGUGAUCAACAUCGCCAAGGCCAACCCAACCUUCCCCGUCAUCCUUCAGUGGACCGGUGGAAGAGGUGGUGGUCACCACUCGUUCGAGGACUUCCACGCACCCAUCCUCGCCAUGUACGGGCGCAUCCGCCGCCAAGAAAACAUCAUCCUGGUUGCCGGGAGCGGCUUUGGUGGCGCGGAUGACACCUAUCCCUACCUCACCGGUGCAUGGUCAACCAAGUACGGCUAUCCCCCGAUGCCGUACGAUGGCUGCCUGUUCGGCAGCCGCAUGAUGGUUGCCAAGGAGGCCCACACGAGCCUGGCCGCCAAGCAGGCCAUUGUCGACGCCCCGGGUCUUGAUGAUACCGAGUGGGAGAAGACCUACAAGGGACCCGCCGGCGGAGUCAUCACCGUGAGGUCUGAGAUGGGGGAGCCGAUCCACAAGCUUGCCACGAGAGGCGUGCUGUUCUGGGCCGAGAUGGACCAGAAGAUCUUCAGCCUGCCCAAAGAGAAACGCGUUCCUGAGUUGAAAAAGAACCGGGACUACAUCAUCAAGAAGCUCAACGCCGACUUCCAGAAGGUGUGGUUCGGCCGGAACAAGGAGGGCAAAACCGUCGAUCUCGAGGACAUGACCUACGGCGAGGUUGUCCGCCGGAUGGUUGAGCUUCUCUACGUCAAAGACGAGACUCGGUGGAUCGACCCCUCCUUCGCCAAGCUCACUGGCGACUUCAUCCACCGUGUCGAGGAGCGCUUUACAACCUCGCCUGGCCAGCCAUCGCACCUGCAAAGCUACGCAGAUCUCAAUGAGCCUUAUUCCGCCGUCGAGCGCAUCCUAUCGCACUACCCUGAGGCUGAGACUCAACUCAUCAACGCGCAGGAUGUACAGCACUUCCUGCUGCUUUGCCAGCGCCGCGGGCAGAAGCCGGUCACUUUCGUCCCUGCCCUCGACGAGAACUUCGAGUUCUUCUUCAAGAAGGAUUCCCUCUGGCAGUCCGAGGAUCUGGGUGCCGUCAUCGACAAGGACGUCGGCAGAACCUGCAUCCUCCAGGGACCUAUGGCCGCGAAGCACUCGACCAAGGUUGACGAGCCGAUCAAGGACAUUCUUGACGGCAUCCACAACGGCCACAUCGAGGGUUUGACUCGGGACCUGUACGAUGGCGACGCGUCCAAGAUCCCCGUCGUCGAGUACUUCGGCGGCAAGCUCAUCGACACGGAGGACCCCUUAGACGUCGAGGGUCUCAUCAUCUCGGUGGAUGCCCAUAAGAACACCUACCGGCUCUCGUCGUCUCCGUCAGCGCAGCUGCCCCCGGAUGAAGCGUGGAUCUCGCUCCUGGCGGGUAAGAGCCGGAACUGGCGCUAUGCCCUUCUCCGGUCCGAGGUCAUCGUCCAGGGUCAAAAAUACCAAACCAAUCCGAUGAAGAAGAUCUUCGCGCCGACUAGAGGUCUGUUUGUCGAGAUCCUUCACCCCAAUGAGCCUGCCAAGACCGUCAUCGUAGUCAAGGAACAGCCGCGCCACAACCGCUAUGUGGAUGUGAUCGAGGCCAAGCUCGUUGGCGAGAAUGAGAUCGUCGUCAACAUGAUCAAGGAUACCACGGCCCUUGGCCAGCCUGUGGCCCUCCCCCUGCGCUUCACCUACCGGCCUGAGGCCGGUUACGCGCCGAUCCACGAAAUCAUGGACGGUCGCAAUGACCGGAUCAAGGAGUUCUACUGGCGUGCGUGGUUUGGCGACGAGGAGCUUGAUCUUGAUGCUCCCGUCACAAGCAAGUUCGAUGGCGGCAAGACCGUCAUCACCGGCGAGGCCAUCAACGAGUUCGUUCACGCUGUUGGCAACACUGGUGAGGCCUUCAUCGACCGCCCGGGAAAGACCAUGUAUGCGCCCAUGGAUUUCGCCAUCGUUGUUGGCUGGAAGGCUAUCACCAAGCCCAUCUUCCCGCGCACGAUUGAUGGCGAUCUUCUCAAGCUCGUCCACCUGUCGAACCAGUUCCGCAUGAUGCCUGGUGCGGAGCCGCUGAAGAAGGGUGACGAGGUUUCCACUACGGCUCAGAUCAACGCGGUCAUCAACCAGGAGUCCGGCAAGAUGGUGGAGGUCUGCGGCACCAUCACCCGUGACGGCAAGCCGGUCAUGGAGGUUACUUCGCAGUUCCUGUACCGCGGUGUCUACACCGACUUCGAGAAUACCUUCCAGCGCAAGGUGGAGACGCCCAUGCAGGUGCACCUCGCCACCUUGACAGACUAUGAAGUCCUCAGCUCCAAGCAGUGGUUCGUCCUCGAUGACUAUGCCGAGGACAACAAGCUGUCCCUGCUCGGCAAGACCUUGACGUUCCGUCUUCAGAGUCUGGUUCGGUUCAAGAACAAGACCGUUUUCAGCCAUGUCGAGACGCGGGGCCAAGUCCUCGUCGAGCUACCCACGAAGGAGAUCAUCCAGGUGGCGACGGUGGAUUACGAAGCUGGAGAGUCCCACGGCAACCCGGUGAUCGACUAUCUUCAACGCCAUGGCUCGUCCAUCGAGCAGCCGAUCAACUUUGAGAACCCCAUCCCUCUGAGCGGCAAGACCCCGCUCCAAAUCCGUGCUCCGGCGUCCAACGAGACCUAUGCCCGUGUCUCGGGCGACUACAACCCAAUCCACGUCUCGCGCGUCUUCGCCGCGUACGCUAACCUACCUGGCACCAUCACACACGGCAUGUACUCGAGUGCCGCAGUGCGCAGCUUGGUGGAGACGUGGGCUGCCGAGAACAAGAUCGGCCGCGUCCGGAGUUUCCACGCGUCGCUCACUGGAAUGGUGCUCCCCAACGACGACAUCAACGUAAAGUUGCAGCACGUUGGCAUGGUAGCCGGCCGCAAGAUCAUCAAGGUCGAGGCCAUCAACAAGGAGACCGAGGACAAGGUGCUCCUCGGUGAGGCGGAAAUCGAGCAGCCCGUCACCGCUUAUGUCUUCACCGGCCAGGGCUCCCAGGAGCAGGGGAUGGGUAUGGACUUGUAUGCCAGCAGCCCCGUCGCCAAGGAGGUUUGGGACCGCGCGGACAAGUACCUCAUGGACACUUACGGCUUUGCGAUCACGAACAUUGUCAAGAACAACCCGAAGGAGCUCACUAUCCACUUCGGUGGGCCGCGUGGCAAGGAGAUCCGAAAGAACUACAUGGCGAUGACCUUCGAGACUGUGGCGGCUGACGGCUCUAUCAAGUCGGAGCGCAUUUUCAAGGAGAUCGACGAGAAGACCACGUCGUACACAUACCGGUCUCCGACUGGUCUGCUGUCGGCUACCCAGUUCACGCAACCCGCCUUGACGCUGAUGGAGAAGGCCAGCUUCGAGGACAUGAAGGCUAAGGGGCUCGUCCCGCGUGACAGCACCUUUGCCGGUCACUCCCUUGGCGAGUACUCGGCUCUGGCUGCCCUCGCCGACGUCAUGCCCAUCGAGUCGCUUGUGUCGGUUGUCUUCUACCGUGGCCUGACGAUGCAGGUCGCCGUCGAGCGCGACGCAUCGGGCCGGUCCAACUACAGCAUGUGCGCGGUCAACCCGAGCCGUAUCAGCAAGACCUUCAACGAGGAGGCGCUGCGUUUCGUCGUUAACAACGUUGCCGAAACGACGGGCUGGCUCCUCGAGAUCGUGAACUACAACAUCGCGAACAUGCAGUACGUCUGCGCCGGCGAUCUCCGGGCGCUGGACACCUUGACUGAGGUCACCAACUACCUGAAGGCGAUGAAGAUCGACAUUGAGCAGAUGCUCAAGGAGAUCGCGCCCGAGACAGUCAAGGAGAAGCUGGUCGAGAUCAUCAAGGGGUGUGCGGCCAAGGUAGAGGCUAAGCCCAAGCCCCUAGACCUGCAGCGCGGCUUCGCCACCAUCCCGCUGAAGGGCAUCGACGUGCCGUUCCACUCCACCUUCCUGCGCUCUGGCGUCAAGCCCUUCCGCAGCUUCUUGCUUAAGAAGAUCAACAAGACCACCAUCGACCCGGCCAAGCUGAUUGGCAAAUACAUCCCCAACGUGACGGCCAAGCCGUUCGCGCUGACCAAGGAGUAUUUCGAGGACGUCUACCGCCUCACCAAUUCCCCGAAGAUCGGCCACAUCCUGGCCAACUGGGACAUCUAUGAGCGUGACGGCGUUGAGCUCCCUGCUGAGGACGCCAUGGGUGAGGCGAAUGGAGUGGCGGCGUAA